GUGAUAUCAUUGCGAAGGCGAAGUGAGUGAAAUACUGAUAAGCUGCUUGUAAAGAUACGACUGGGAAUAUAGCCUCGUUAGUUGACGCUGACGGACAAGACCCACCGCAAUGUUGGUGAGCGUGGUGGCCCACAGAUCCAUCAUGUCCGAGGCAGCCGCAGCAAAUGGAAGCCCCUCCCCAGCUCCAACUCCAGAGGUACCGGCGACCGAGUUGGCCCAAUUGGCUCUGGAGGAUGAGCCCAAGGUUAGCUUUGCGGAUCAGUUCAAGGCCUUCUCCAAGUUCGGGGACUCCAAGUCCGAUGGCAAGCUGAUUACGCUCUCGCAGAGUGACAAGUGGAUGAAACAGGCCAAGGUUAUCGACAAGAAGAUCACCACCACGGAUACGGGCAUCCACUUCAAGAAGUUCAAGGCCAUGAAGAUCUCGCUCAGUGACUACAACAAAUUCCUGGACGAUCUGGCAAAGACGAAAAAAGUGGAACUGUCGGAGAUCAAGCAAAAGUUGGCCGGUUGUGGAGCUCCAGGAGUGGUAUCCGUUUCGGCUGGAAAAGCCGCAGCUGCCGUUGAUCGAUUGACGGAUACCAGCAAGUACACCGGUUCCCACAAGGAGCGCUUUGAUGCCACCGGAAAGGGCAAGGGUAUCGCCGGCAGGCGGAACGUGGUCGAUGGGUCCGGAUACGUGAGUGGCUACCAGCACAAGGACACCUACGACAACGCCCACUAGAUGGGGAGACCACCGUUUUUCACCCUCUCAUGAAACUGUAUUUCUAACUUAUGUGUUUUCCUAGUUAAUGUCUCACAAUUUAAUUUAUAUUUGUGUAUAAAUUAGGUUUGUGAUAAUUUAAGUGCUUACAAAUAAAUUUAUAUAUUUGAUUUUA